AUGGGCGUGUCGGACGUCCUCUACACAAUUGGGCACUUCCUCUGUCGGCCGUUUGCCGACUGCUCGAGCUGCUGCGACGUGCUCGACCGCCACUACUACUACAAGACAUCGCCUGGCGGGCACACGAGUCCCCAAAUGUUCAACCGCUGGCCGACCGACGUCAAGCACACUGCGAAGCGGUCGCGACCGCUGCCGUCACGUCCGCCCGUGUCGAAGACGCACGUGGGCGUGACGAAACGCUCGACGUCCUCGAGCUCACGCGCUCGCUCCGAGUCGUCUUCGAACAACCCGUCGUCGUCCAACUACGACGACGAUGACGAGCGGGACCGACACGUGCAGUUCCUGUUCUACGGCGGGAGCGACCCGCCGACACCGACGUCUAGAGGCGGACUUGCGUCGGUGGGGUACCGCAGCGACCUGAUCUCCGACACGGGCAGUCGGGCACCGAUCCAAUCGCCGCAGAUCAACCGCGAGAUCCCGUGCUUCUUCUCGCCCCGGCAGACGCCGCGGUCGUCACUGUCGAUGUCCAUGUACUCGCCCCACGUGUUUAAGAUCACUGAGCACCAAACACGACGCAACGCUCGGUACCGAAGUAUGCGGAGCUUCCGGUGA